AUGGCCUCUUGUUUGCGUUGUCCGGGAGAACACGAGGUAGCAUCGGCGCACUCGGUACGAACCACCCGUUACAUGAUAUUCGUUUCGGCGACCCCUUCACCUCUCGAGCUCCAGCAGUGCAACAAGGAUAUGGGUCGUCGAACGGUCGUCGUCACUGCUUUGCAGUUGGAGGGAGAUGUUUGGCAACAGCUCAAUGAUAACACGCUGCUUCCUGAAGCUCUGGAUGUGGGGAUAUCACCAGAUGACAAUGUACCUGCUCUCACAGGAACGCAUUUGGGCACUUCCGAGACCGGGACCCUGCCUCUCGAGCUCGUGCCGGCAGGGCCCUGCGACGGGGGCAUUCUGCAAGCCGAGGAAGAAGACGAUUACGAUAUGUGCGCUCUCUGCAGUAGCCCUCAGGAUGACGAUUAUGUCUUGGUGGAACCAGAAGCGAGUCUUGGCUCGUAUCAGGCCCACUACCAAACCUCGGAGACAGGAUAA